AUGGCAAAUUCUACAGACUGUCUCACAACUGUAAAGGAUAAUGCCACCAUUUGCAUAGACAUUUCCUACAAAGACAGCAAGACACUUCUCAUUGCUGUUUACAGCUUUGUUUUUGCAGUCGGCCUUCCAGCAAAUUGCAUAACUUCCCUGCUUACAUUUAUGCAAAUCCAAAGGAAUAAAGUAGUUGCCAUCUACAUUUUCAGUUUAUCUUUGUGCGAGCUGAUGUAUUUAAGUACCUUGCCUCUCUGGAUUAUCUAUGUGCAAAAUGAGCACAAAUGGUACAUGGGAGAACAGAUUUGCAAAAUAACAGGAUUCAUUUUUUUCUGCAACAUAUACAUCAGCAUUCUGCUUUUGUGCUGUAUUUCUGUGGAUCGCUAUGUGGCAUUGGUGUAUGCUCUGGAAUCAAGGGGAAGAAGAGAACGGAAAAAGGCCAUCAUAAUAGUAUGCUUUCUCGUUGCUGCGGUUACAAUAAUCCACAGUCCAGUAUUUAAUAUGAAGAGUAUACAUAAUGAUACCUGCUUUGAGACUUUACCCCUUGACAAAACACUGGCUUCUUUCGGCUUUGCCAGAUUCCUAUUUGGAUUUGCCAUACCUUUCAUGAUCCUCAUUUUCACAAACUACAAAAUUUUCCAAAGUACAAAAACAAGUACCAGCUUGACUUGUCACCAGAAAGCCAAAGUGAAGUAUCUGGCAAUUGCCAUUAUUGUCAUUUUCCUGAUCUGCUUUUCUCCCUACCAUGUGGUACUCUUAAUAAGGUCUGUAUACUUUCUGCUUCAUACAGAUUGCUCAUGUCCAUUUGAAAAAGACAUAUACCCAGUUUUUACAGUGUUUCUGUGUUUAUCCACUGCAAACAGUGUUGCUGAUCCAAUUAUUUACGUGCUGGUUAGUGAAAACGUCAGAAAAGACGUUUUAAGGAGUCUGAGAAGAUGGAGGUCAAACUCAUCCAGGUUCAACUCAUCUGUUAGUCAUAAGACUGAGAGCAUCAGACUGAAAACAUCAAAAGAAUUGCAGGAAGGAGUACAAAGAGAAGAAAACAAAGAAAUAGCAAAUUCAUCCCACAUUGAAAAGACCUGUCAUACCAGCAAAGACCCAGAAGGUGGUAGCUAGCAGUUCGCUGCUGCAGCUAGCUGCUGACAGCAAAUAAGAAGUUCUAAACUUGAGCUGCAGAUUGCAUGCUGCAGCACACAAGUAUUUACAUGCUGACCUCUGAAGGAAGGUUUUUUUACAGUACAUGAGCCAGCAACUCCUAGAGGACUCUACAGGAAUGAUGCUUCUUAUUUAUGUUUCUCUCCUACGAUAAAGUUUGCCCACCAGUAUCAUCAACGCAAACCUUGCUUGGUGAAGGAUGUGUGGAAUAAACUAUGAAAUUUACUUUGACUCAAACUGAAGUCUUAAAA